AUUUUUAAGGUUACACCUUUUCCUUUUAACCUUUCACAUAUUUGUACCAUAAUUUUUGUUUUUGUUUUUAGUUAAAUUUCACUUGUUUUGUUAUUUUAAUCUCAUUCUCCCAUGUGUUUUAUUAUUUUUUAAAAUACCAUAAUCAGCAUCAAUAUACCUAAUACUACUGUUAAUCUAAAAUAGAUUCUACUAAUUCAGUUUAAAUUUCCUCUUAUUCUGUAAAAUAUUCUUAACUACUCUAACGAAGUUGCUAUUUUGUAAAUUUUAGUUUAAAAUGACAGAGAAUAACCUAAACAAUUCCAUUCCCAAAGUUGCUUUGGAAGCAGUCCUGCAAACCAAUGCUCAAGUGACUGAGAACAUGUUACCAGUCUCCGGGAUUGAGUACGAUGACGUUCUGGCCAUAGAUUCUCUUCUUGAGAAGUUUAGGGUCUUUGGAUUUCAAGCCACGAAUUUGGGACUUGCGGCCGAGAUGGUGGACCGGAUGUAUUCUUGGCGACUUUCAGACGAUCCGCUAAACGAAUCCGACGAAGGGACGCCUUUUGCCGAUCCUGAGGUCCGCCGUAAGACCAAGUGUACAAUCUGGGUUUCCUUCACUUCGAAUAUGAUUUCUUGUGGUCUUCGAGAAGCCUUUGUGUUUAUGGCCAAACACAAAUUAGUUGACGUUUUCGUGACUAGUGGUGGAGGUGUCGAAGAGGACCUGAUCAAGUGCCUGGGCCAUACUUACAUUGGAAAAUUCAAUCUUGAUGGCGCAGACCUCAGGAACAAGGGUUGGAACAGAAUUGGGAACCUGCUCCUCCCUAAUGAAAACUACUGUGCAUUUGAAGACUGGCUCCAGCCUAUUUUGGACGAGAUGCACACCGAACAAGUGGAGAAAGGGACUAUCUGGACUCCUUCAUCACUUAUUGACCUUCUCGGGAGCAGGAUAAACGACGAAACUUCCUUGUACUACUGGUGCCAUAAGAACAAGAUCCCUGUAUUUUGCCCUGGACUCACAGAUGGUUCUCUUGGUGAUAAUCUUUAUUUCCACACCUACCGUAAGUCCAGUCCUACAACGCUCUACCUAGAUAUAGUUAAGGACAUUAGGGCCAUUAAUGAUUUGGCUGUCCGGUGUAAGAAAUCAGGCCUUAUAAUCCUGGGUGGUGGUCUUCCGAAACAUCAUGUUUGUAACUCGAAUCUCAUGAGAAACGGCGCUGAUUUCGCCAUUUACAUCUCCACCGCCCAAGAGUAUGAUGGCUCAGACUCUGGUGCUAAUCCCGACGAGGCUGUUUCUUGGGGGAAAAUCAAACCGAACACAGACCCUGUAAAGGUUCACGCCGAUGCUUCCAUAGUUUUCCCACUAAUUGUCGCGGGUGUUUUAAAAAAACACGUUAAUCGUCAAUUCGAAUGAUUUAAACGCUUAAUGUACUAAUAGUAUA